AUGGAUCAAGGCGGUCCUGGAGCACAAGUUGCUAGCAGCAAGGUGGAGCAAUAUACAGACGGCGUCAACCCUGCCUGGCUCAGAAAGCGCAACGGCGAUAAUAUCGACGUGAUCAGUGAGGACGUCGGUGUUGCUCAAGUUGAUCCGUUGCUCACACCGAAGGUCUUCAGCACUCUACUUCCUACCUCUGGUCUACGAGUGCCUGUCUCACCCUACGCCGUGCACAGCCUCGUUGUGAGGAGCCCGCUUUGGACGCAAGAAGCUGAGGCCAAGCAUGGUCUAGCGAAUAUUACAAUCACAACUGAUUUUACUACUAAGUUCUA